CACACAACCAACCACAUCCAUUUGAUUUUAUUUUGUGUCGGUGAAGGAAUUCAUCAAGCACCACCCCCGCACUCAUUCAUCCGCUCAUCCACCCACCACCACCAACACGACCUCCUCAAUCAAUUUGUGAACUGCAUCCCUCGCAGUACG